ACGCCACAGAGGACCACUCGCCAACGCAGUCUUUCGGACCCUCUCCAUUCCACAUACACAACUCCCAAUUCCUCGCCAAUGUACUCGCCCAGAACUGAACGCCGCAUGAUGAACCAAUCUAAGGCAGACCAGAGGAAGCAUACGAUAGAGUCCAACAAGAAAGCGGCCGAGCUUGCAGAGGAGCACCAGAAGUUUGAAGCGAGAAUGAAGAAGACAAAGUUCUUUGAUGAACUGUUGGAGAUGUUGACGGUGGAAGGAUACACCCUAGUAGAAUUCCUCGAUUAUAUCUUCAACCCGAACAACUGUCUCGCCCGUGACUAUCGCUGGAGCGGCUUUUUCCAGAAGAAGGCCGCGGUUCUGCGCAUCCUGAAUUAUUGGUGUACAUCACACUACAGCAAGUCCGUGCGGGUUCUUCUAUAUGACUGGGCUAUUGCACUCGUCGGGAAGAUUGUGCAGAGGGAGGCGAAGAAGAUAACAGACAUCGGAAUUUUACGCACCAUGGGGAAGACGAUCAACGAGAGCUUCUUCUUGUCGUACCGUUUGGCUGCGAUGGCGAAAACGUUGAGGGGAUUGGCCCCAGGCAUGUUUUCUGUGAUGGACAAAUUCUCUACGACGACGCGUCAGCUAAGAGAGAUGAAACCAAAGAGUCUUGAUCGCAAGAAGCUUCUCCAAGGAUCUGCGGCAUUAACAUUACUAAAAGGUUUCAGCGAGAAGAAUAACUACCCGGCGGCGGUCAAUGGAACAUAUCUCAUGGCUACGGGUGGUCAGCGUCAACACUUUGGCGUCUUUCGAAGUCUCGGGAUCAUGCCUGGAUACACAACUAUAAUCGCACCUGGAGAUAAAGUAAACACCACUGAACAGACCUCACCGAAACGUCGAAGGAAGGUGCCAGGCAUCCUUCGCCAGUUGUCUGAAGCGUGCAGGGGUACAGCACGAGGUGUUGCUCAGGUUGGGCUGUUUGGGUGUGUGUACGACAACAUCAAUCUAAUGUUCCGAGUCGCUGAACAAAUUCUCGGGCGGAAGAACGCACAGGAAAAUGGCACAUGUGCUGCAAUAUGGCCGCUGUUCGCGGCCGAACUCGAAGACAUGAAGCUGUCUGAAAUCAACGACGCCAUUCUCAAUGCUCCACCGCUCGAAAUCAAGCAUAUAGAGCUCACCGAAGAAGAACACGAUCUCCACAACAGGUGCAUGAUUCAUACGGUCCAACGUAUUAUUGUGAUGUUUGGGGGUUUGGGCUUCGAGCGAUGGAAGGCAGAGCUAGAUGCGUCAGAACCAUUCACAUCCGACAGAAUCCCCACUCACAAGACAGAUAUCCACCCGUUACCAGCAAUGGAGAUUGAUGAAGCACCAAUCGUAGGAAAUGUUGAGGUUCUCGAGACCAUAUAUCGGGAACUUGAACUGGUUACGGAGUCCGAAGAGUUUACACAUUACGCCAAAAUUAUAUGUGGCGACCAGCUCACCAUCGCUCGCCAGCGGUCUAUCGUGAACAUCCGUCUUGGCCAUGAAGAUGGUGCCGACUCUUGGCAGCACGUCGCUCUCAUGCCUGGUCUAUUUCACGUCAAACUCGCUGACUGCAACGCAUUUAUGGAGAUGCAUUUUGGGAAACCGAACGCCGCUCAGCGCAGUCCAGGGGGACUCGCCUUCCACAACAGUGUCCUCGACCGCACUCCCAUCCUCCUCACCAGUCUCCCUUCAUUCCGGACAUGUCGUGAUCUCAUCAUGACCUCUCUAUAUGCUCGGGUUCUUCAUUGCCUCCUUCUUGUUUCCGGGAAGGCGUCGUUAGAGGAAUACGUAGCAACGGUCGACUCUUUCAAAACUCUGACCGAGCACGCCACUCAAAUCUACAAGACCUACACCAAUACCGAUUUCGUCCAAGAGCUCCGGGAGAUGCGCGCACCAGAAGAGUAUCGCCGUGAAGCUGGCCAUGUCCCAAAGGGUGACAUGGUUCUCGAGAACGCCUAUCUUUUCAUGCGCGAUGGUUUGUUGACCCGUCUAUUUGCUGAUUCCAUCAAGAGCGGCGACUCUGGCCGGGUCAUCAUGGUCUUGAAACUGUGGACAUACUCUUUCAGGGGUAAUAAUCGUUCAAAAUACGCCCAUGAGAUGUUGCAUCUGAUCCACAAUCUCAUUAACGUUUGGCCAGCCAAGUUCCGCGACAUCAUCAUCAAGAACUGGCUGCUUAAUCCCACGGGAAAGGACAAUGCAUUUGUGGAGGUUGAUCUCGUUCAGGAACAUUUGAACUUCUGGAUCAAGGUCAUAUACAAAGCAGACGGCGACUCACACUCCUGGGACUGGUUAGCCAUGGUCGCACCCACAGUCGAUGUCUUACGCCGUUUGGCAACCUCAAUCCACGAGGAGAUCGGCUCUCGACAAGGCUCUAAACACUCCAGUCCUGAGAUAUCGAAGGACAUCAAGAGAUUGAUGAUGAGCAUUGACGAUCUUGAUGUCUACAGGUAUAAGGAGGGCCGUGUUCUUGAUGCUGACGAGAAACCUGUUGCAGAUGCGAUGUCGGUUGGAUUGGCAGCACUUUCGCAUGGGUCGGCAGGGAACCCACUUACCGACUUCAACGCUCAAUGGGCUACCGCAUGUGCACGCCGCCGUCUAGUUCCUAUCUCUGCGCUCUUGCCAUUCCUCAAGUACGAUGAUCCCCUCGCUGACAAACGCCUUGGGGGAAACGGUCACGCCGCACCUCCUGAUGAUAAUGAUGUACGUCUAUCUCUAUCCAUGUUUCUAUAA